ACGGCCAGUAGGUGGAUGAAAUCCUUCGACCAGACGUCACGGUACUGCUGUAGAGCGCAGCGAGUGUUUCGGGUUUUUUUUUACUUCGGUCUGCUAUACUGCCACCAGUUCCUGUCUUCUUACAUUACCCAUCACUCUAUUGAUACCUGCCCCAUUAGGUGAUAUUUAUGCAAGUCAAAGUAAAUUUAUCGCAUUAUGGAUGCCUAUGAUGUAAUAGUUAACCAACCGGUUGUUAUCGACAACGGUUCCGGAUUAAUCAAAGCAGGAUUUGCUGGUGACCAGGCUCCCAAAGCCCAUUUCCCUAAUUAUGUUGGGAGACCAAAACAUGUACGUGUCAUGGCUGGAGCUCUUGAAGGAGAUAUGUUUAUUGGUCCAAAUGCUGAAGAACACCGUGGGCUAUUGAGCCUAAAAUAUCCAAUGGAACAUGGUUAUGUGAAUGACUGGUCUGAUAUGGAACGAGUAUGGCAGUAUGUAUACAGCAAAGAACAGCUCAACACAUUUGCAGAAGAACAUCCAGUUCUUCUUACUGAAGCACCACUUAACCCCCGCCACAACAGGGAGAAAGCUGCUGAAAUAUUUUUUGAUUCUUUUAAUGUUCCAGCUCUAUUUGUAUCUAUGCAAGCUGUUUUGAGCUUGUAUGCCACAGGCAGAACAACUGGUGUUGUUUUAGAUUGUGGAGAUGGUGUAACUCAUGCUGUACCUAUUUAUGAAGGAUUUGCCUUACCACAUUCAAUUAUGAGAUCUGAUCUAGCAGGAAGGGAUGUUACUAGAUAUUUAAGGUUACUUCUACGAAAGGAAGGCUAUAUAUUCCGCACCAGCUCUGAAAUGAAAGUUGUCCGAACGCUAAAGCUGUGUGCUUGUUAUCUGUCAUCAAAUCCUCUUAAAGAAGAGAGCAUUGCCGAUGCUGAUAAGGCUACCUAUGCGCUUCCUGAUGGCUCUAGUAUUGAAGUAGGCGCUGCACGAUUCCGAGCUCCCGAAGUAUUAUUCCGUCCAGAUUUGAUAGGGGAAGAGUGCGAAGGUCUGCAUGAGGUUUUGGUCUUCGCCAUUCAGCGGUCAGAUCUGGAUUUGAGAAAAACUUUGUAUCACAACAUUGUACUUUCCGGUGGAUCUACUCUCUUCAAGGGUUUUGGUGAUCGCUUAUUGUCAGAAGUAAAGCGUUUAGCUCCACGUGAUGUUAAAGUUCGAAUGGCUGCCCCGCAAGAAAGGCUGUAUUCGACAUGAAUUGGUGGUUCAAUUCUGGCAUCACUCGACACUUUCCGGCAAAUGUGGGUUUCCAAGCGAGAAUGGGACGAGGAAGGUGCGCGAGCAAUUCAUCGUAAAACUUUUUGAAAAUUUAUUUAUUUUUUUUAUUUUACAUUUAUUUGGGCUUCAAAUCCUAUUAAGCAAUUCAUUGUUUACCGUUCCUUCUAUUGCCUAAACUAUUCUUUUUCUUAUUUUUCCGCCUUUUUUUCAAAAAGAAAAUGGGAAAUGAUAUAACUUGAAUGUGCACACUUUUCUCCCUCAUUCUACCGCAGCUGAAAAUAAAAAGCAGUCAAGUCAUUAA